GCUUAUUUGUCAGCUACUUCUUCCAUCGUUCUCCAUAUAUACCUACCAGAUUCCCAGUACUAUUCUACUUUUAUUCCUAUCCAAUCCAAUCCAAUCCAACCUAAAUAACCACCCCUCACUAGUACAACCAAAAUCACACCCCCAACCAUGGAUCCCACCACCACCCCCGAACCCAUCACCGGCAGCUGCCUCUGCGGCGGCAUUCAAUACGAAGUAACCGGCGAACCCAUGAAACGAGUAAUGUGCCACUGCGAAAACUGCCGGAAGUUCACAGGCUCCAGCUUCAUGGCCAACAGCUUUAUGAAAGAAUCUCAACUAACCAUCAAAUCCGGCGAAUCACUCAUCCAAAGCUUCAAAGACACGAAAGUGGAUUCCGGAAGUACUUUGGAACGACGCUUCUGUCGCGUCUGUGGAUCCCCCGUGUAUGUGACGAGUAGUCGGGCCGAGGGGUUUGUGGUUGUUCCGUCCGGCACGAUGGAUGGGGAGGCGGGCAGGAAGUGGAGGCCUGAGGUGGAAUUUUGGUGUAAGGCUAGGAGGGAGUAUUUGCCUGUGGUGGAGGGGACGCAGAUGUUGGAGACGCAUUAGUGGUUUUCACUUUUUUGAUUUCUCCCUUGGGAGUUGGGGUUGG